UGAAAGUAUCGGCUGAUUUGAGUCACAGUCUGUUCUUCCUUUGAUACGUGAAGAGGUGAAGACAUGGGAGCGUCACAGUCCGUUUUAGUCACGGAACCGAAGCCUGGAGACCUGAUCGCAGUCGACCGUGGGAAUUAUACCCACUGGGCCGUUUACAUCGGAGAAGAUGAAGUGGUUCAUUUUGCUAGAAUCAACGAUUCUGGUCCAGACAAGACUUCCUUGAAUGCAGAAGUGAAGUGCCAAAUGCUCAGUGACAUGCUCAACGGCAACAGUUACCGAGUCAACAAUCUUCUGGACGACAAGUACGAGCCUCGCGACCUUGAAGUCAUAGUGAAAGAGGCCCGCAGCAGGAUUGGUCAGAAGUUGACGUACGAUGUCGUCAAUUAUAACUCCGAACACUUUGUGACAGAGAUGCGAUACGGCAAACCAGAGUCACGGCAGUCUAACAUGAAUCCUGGAGACCUGAUCGAGGUCGACCGUGGGAAUUCUAAGCACUGGGCCGUUUACGUCGGAGAAAAUGAUGUGGUUCAUGUUACUACAAAUGACAGGACUCCCUUGAAAGCAGAGGUGACGCGCGAAAAGCUCCAUGUCAUGCUGAACGGCAACAGCUACCGAGUCAACAAUUGUCUGGACAACAAGUAUAAGCCUCUCAACCCUGAUGUCAUAGUGAAAGAGGCCUGCAGCGGGGUCGGUCAACAGUUACUGUACGAUGCCACCAUGCGUAACUCCGAACACUUUGUGACAGAGCUGCGAUACGGCAAACGAAAGUCACGGCAGGUUACAGAAGCAGUGAUCGGAGUAAUAACCGGGCCAGUGGGACUUUUGGCUGCUCCUCUGCUUAAGUUGACGAGCAGCUUCAGCUCUUCUGAAGAACCCACUGAAGCAGAAAGCCUGACUGAAUGAAUCACUGAAUGUGAUUCAUUCAGUGAAAGGUUGAAAUGGACUUGAUUCGUUUACAAAAAUACAAACAAUUAUCUUCAGAAGAAUGAUCUUCCAUUUGUUAAGACCUAAUUCUACAAGCUGUGGUUUGAUUGCUCAAAAAAUUUAGGGGAACACAAAAAUCACAAAUCUGGUAUAAAUUGAAAUCUAUUGAUUCUAAAUCAGAAAGUCUGUAGGUAUUAAACAUUAGGUGUCAGUGUGUGAGUGGAUGGCUUUUUGUCUCCAUGUGUCCCUGUGAGAGGUCAAACAGGUCAAAGACACAUUUUGUCACUAAAUUGGUAGAUAUGGACUUUGGAACGAGCGCCAAAAGGGUGCCGUGCCAAUCCACAUAAAUUCAGAUUGAUAUUAAAAGGAAACCGCUCAGCAUCCAUCAACCCCCACGCAGCACCCAUUGGCCCCCGCUCAGCACCCGGAGGCUCCCGCUUAGUCCCCCACUCAGGCCUCUGCUCAUCACCCAGAGGCUCCCGCUCAAGCCCCUGCGAGGCACCCAAAGGCCCCCACUCAGCACACAGAGGUCCCUGCUCAAGUCCCCGCUCAGCACCCAGAGGCUCCUGCUCAGUACCCAGAGGCCCAUGCUCAAGUCCCGCUCAGCACCCAGAGACCCCUGCUCAAUUCCCUGCUUAAGCCCCCUCUCAGCACCCAGCGCCACGCUCAGC